GUAUCCAGCUGGGUGGCAGGUGGAUCCAAGGGUUACCAUGAAGUUUUCAGGACCCCUGGAGAGCCAGAGGUUGUCUCUCCUUCUGGAGAUGGCAAUCUCUAGGGAAGCUCAGAUGUGGAAAGCACGUGUGCCGAAAAUUCAGCCCAAUCAGGAUGUAGCCAUUUCUCCAAAGCAGAGGGAUGAGGUCAUUCAGUGGCUGGCCAAGCUCAAAUGCCAGUUCCACCUUUAUCCAGAAACGCUCGCCCUGGCCAUCAGCCUUUUGGACAGGUUUUUAGCUACAGUAAAGGCCCGUCCAAAGUACUUGAACUGUAUUGCAAUCAGCUGCUUCUUUCUCGCUGCAAAGACCAUCGAGGAAGAUGAGAGGAUUCCAGUACUGAAGGUGUUGGCUCGGGACAGCUUUUGUGGUUGUUCUCCAGCUGAGAUUCGCAGAAUGGAGAAGAUUAUCCUGGAUAAACUGAACUGGGAUCUUCACAUGGCAACGCCACUGGAUUUCCUUCACAUUUUCCACGCGGUUGCGGUGUCCAACAGGCCUCAGCUCCUGACCGUCCUGCCCAAGCUGAGCCCCUCUCAGCACGUGGCGGCGCUCACCAAGCAGCUGCUGCACUGCAUGGCCUGCUACCAGCUGCUGCAGUUCAAGGGCUCCAUGCUGGCGCUGGCCAUCGUCAGCCUGGAGCUGGAGAAGCUGCUCCCCGACUGGCUCGCUCUCAUCAUCGAGCUGCUCCAGAAGGCACAGAUGGAGAGCUCGCAGCUCAUCCACUGCCGGGAGCUCGUGGCACAUCACCUUUCCACUCUGCAGUCUUCUCUGCUGCCCAACCCUGUAUAUGUCUACAGUCCCCUCCAGCACACCCUGGUGACCUGUAACAGAGGAGUGUUCAAAUGCCAGCCCUCCUCUGUCCCAGGGCCAGGUUUCUCCAAGGACAACGGCAGGCCAGAAGUGCCAGUCACAGGUACAGCCGCGCUCUACCAGCGUCUGCCGGCUCCCAGUGGUUGCAAGCAAGCCUCUGCCAAGCGCAAAGUGGAAGAGAUGGAAGUGGACGACUUCUACGAUGGGAUCAAGCGUCUCUACAAUGAAGACAGUGCUCCAGAGGCAGUGGCUCUUGAAAGCGUGGGCUCUGUUUGUGGCGCUGAUGUCUCCAGGCAGGAGGGCAACGUUUCCCCUUGUCCACCUUUACAGCCAGUGUCUGUCAUGUAGCUGGGAGCACACACCACCCGCUCCGCCGCAGCUGCUCCAGCCACCGCGCAGAACCUGGCGUUCCGUGUCGGCGGUGGGUGGAGAAGGGGCCGUACCUUGUCAGGCUGAACUGAAGGGAGCCAAAAAGCAUAGAAAAAGAAAAAAAAAAAAAAAAUCCCAACCCUUUUCCGAAUUUUUUUUCUUGUGCGGCUAAUUAUAGUUCCACUAUUUAAGCACUUAAAAACACAAAAAAGUAUAAAAAUCUAAAAAAAGACCCAAAAA